AUGAAGCAGACAAUUGUUCUGCACAUCACACCAAAGACGAUUAAGAGCAUUGAGUUUGCAGCUCUUUCGUCAAGUGAGAUUAUUCAACAGUCUGAGGUCGAAGUUGCUACUAGUGAUCUCUUUGAUUUGACUCUGGGAGCUAGAAAGGCAAAGAGUAAUGGGGCUCUUGAUCUUAGAAUGGGGGUUUCCUCCAAAGGCGCCAUUUGUCAAACUUGUAAAGGCUCUCUAGCAACGUGUCAGGGUCAUUUUGGUCAUGUCAGAUUAGCGUUGCCUGUGUUCCAUGUGGGUUAUUUCAAGCAAAUCAUCAACAUUCUCAAAUCCAUCUGUAAAUCUUGUUCCAAAAUUUUGUUAACUGAAGAUGAUAAGAUUUCAUUUCUAAAGGAAUUAAGGAAACCUCACACUGAUAACUUAAGAAGAAUGACCAUUUUGAAGAAAAUUAUCAAACAAUGUGAAAAACAAAGAAGAUGUUUGCAUUGUGGGGCUCUUAAUGGGUCAGUGAAGAAGGCUGGUACUGGUUCUUCCAACUCGGCAUUAAAGAUAUUACAUGUCACUUUCAGAUGGAUUGGUAAAAAAGUUCCUCCUGAAAAAGAAGAAUGGGAUGAGCAAUUUGAUUCAUAUUUGGAGCAUAACCUUGAGUCAGCACCAUUUAUCAAAAGAGCCGUUGAUGAUAUGAAUCCAUUGAAGGUUCUCAACCUAUUCAAGUUAAUUGUUCCAAAUGAAUUAGAAUUAUUGGGAAUAAACCCAGAAAGGGGAGGUCGUCCAGAAAAUUAUAUAUGGAGAUACUUACCUGUUCCACCUUCUUGUAUUAGACCUUCGGUGGUCAUGAUGGACUCGUCCAAUGAAGAUGAUUUGACAGUUAAGUUGGCAGAAAUCAUUACUGUUAGCUCUAUCAUUAGAGUUGCCUUGGAGAAGGGGAUUUUGAUUAAUAAGCUCAUGGGUCAUUGGGAUUAUUUACAGGCUUGUAUUGCCAUGUAUAUUAAUUCUGAUAUUGUCAUCAAUGCUAAUCCAGAGACUGCAUUUGGUGGGGCGGCCAGCAAACCAAAGCAAAUUAGAGGGUUCUGUCAAAGAUUGAAAGGUAAGCAAGGUAGAUUCAGAGGUAACUUAUCUGGUAAGAGAGUGGAUUUCUCCGGUAGAACAGUUAUUUCUCCAGAUCCAAAUUUGUCCAUUGAAGAAGUCGCAGUUCCAGAUAGAGUGGCGAAAGUUUUAACGUAUCCUGAGAAGUGUACCAGAUAUAAUCGAGAAAAAUUACAGAAAUUGAUCAUAAACGGUCCAGAUGUUCAUCCUGGUGCUAAUUAUUUAUUGGUCAAUGGUGAUUCUGAAAAUAGAAGAAAUUUGAAGUUUGGUAACAGAGAAAACUUAGCUAAGAAUUUGAAAUACGGUGAUAUUUUGGAAAGACAUAUUGAAGAUGGUGAUAUUGUGUUGUUUAAUCGUCAACCUUCAUUACAUCGUUUGUCAAUUUUGUCCCAUUAUGCCAGAGUUAAACCGUGGAGAACUUUUAGAUUCAAUGAGUGUGUUUGUACCCCAUAUAAUGCUGAUUUUGAUGGUGAUGAAAUGAAUUUACACGUUCCACAAACAGAAGAGGCCAGAACAGAAGCUAUCAAUUUGAUGGGGGUGAAGCACAACUUAUUGACACCAAAAUCUGGUGAACCAAUCAUUGCGGCUACCCAAGAUUUCAUUACUGGUUCAUACUUGAUUUCCCAUAAAGAUACCUACUUUGACAGAGCGGGCUUCACUCAAAUUUUAUCAAUGAUGUCUGAUGCAAAUCUUCAUUUUGAUAUUCCACCUCCAGCGAUCAUGAAACCGGCUUGUUUGUGGACUGGUAAACAAGUGUUUAGUUUAUUAAUCAAGCCGAAUCGUCAUUCUCAUGUGAAAAUUAACCUUGAUGCAAAGAAUAAAACUUUCUUCAAACCUCUAAGAUCUGAUUGGCCAAACGAAAUGUCUCCAAAUGAUGGGUUUGUGGUCAUCAGAAACUCUGAGAUCUUGUCAGGUGUUAUGGAUAAGAGUGUUUUGGGUGACGGUAAGAAACUUUCUGUGUUUUACACCAUUCUUAGAGAUUUUGGUGCUGAUGAAGCUAUCAAAUCUAUGAACCGUAUGGCAAAAAUGUGUGCCAGAUAUUUGGCCAACAGAGGUUUUUCCAUUGGUAUUAACGACGUUAUGCCACCAAAUAAAUUACAAUUAGAAAAAGAUAAGAUGGUACAGAACGCUUAUGAUGAGUGUGACAAAUUGAUUAAAUUAUAUAACCAAGGUAAGUUGGAGACUCAACCAGGUUGUAACGAAGAACAAACUUUGGAAGCAAAGAUCGGUGGUAUUUUGUCCAAAGUUCGUGAUGCUCUUGGUGAUGUAGCGACAAAGGAAUUAGAUAGAUUAAACGCCCCAUUGGUAAUGGCCACUUGUGGUAGUAAAGGUUCGGUGGUUAACGUCUCUCAGAUGGUGGCGGUUGUCGGGCAACAAAUUAUUAGUGGUCAUAGAGUUCCGGAUGGGUUCCAGGAUCGUUCGUUACCUCAUUUCCCUAAAAGAUCUAAGACUCCGCAAUCCAAGGGUUUCGUUAAGAAUUCCUUCUUUAGUGGUUUAACUCCUCCAGAAUUCUUGUUCCACGCUAUUUCCGGUCGUGAAGGUUUGGUUGAUACUGCGGUUAAGACCGCCGAAACUGGUUAUAUGUCCAGAAGAUUGAUGAAGUCUUUGGAAGAUUUAAGUCUUAAAUAUGAUAACACAGUGAGAAAUUCAUCGGAUGGUGUUGUUCAAUUCAUCUACGGUGGUGAUGGUUUGGAUCCAUUCGAUAUGGAAGGUGAUGCAAAGCCAGUAGACUUCAAGAGAACAUGGGAUCAUGUUUAUAAUAUCACUUAUAGCUCUGGGGAUAGGGGAUUGUACCCAUUCCAAGUCAUGGAGGCUACCAACAAGAUUUUGAAUAAGUAUGAAGAUAGCUUGGAUAGAUAUGAUAACAUGGGUAAAUUGAUCACUGAUGCUUCUGUAAUUGACAAUGAUGAGUUUGCCGACAGAUUUGACAGUGAGAGAGAAUUUUAUCAAUCCAUCAGAGACUUUGUGCAACAGAAAUGUGAUAGAUUGGCCAGGGUCAGAAAAACAAGAAAUCUUCAAGAAUUAUCAGAUUGUCCAGGCGAUGAAUUCAAAAAAGUUGACUGGGAUGAGAUUGCAACUGAUGAAGCCAAGAGUUAUGUUAGACAAUUAAGUCUAAUCACCAAGUCAAUGAUUGACAGUUUUAUCAAGACUUGUAUUAGUAAGUACUCCAAGGCUAAAGUUGAGCCAGGUACUGCAGUUGGUGCCAUUGGUGCUCAAUCUAUUGGUGAACCAGGUACCCAAAUGACUUUGAAGACUUUCCAUUUUGCUGGUGUUGCGUCUAUGAAUGUUACAUUGGGUGUUCCCCGUAUCAAGGAAAUUAUUAAUGCUAGUAAGGAUAUCUCCACGCCAAUUAUCACCGCCAACUUGGUCAACGACAGUGAUGAAAGAGCGGCCAGAGUGGUUAAGGGUAGAAUCGAAAAAACAAAAUUGGGUGAUAUUUCAAGUUACAUUCAGGAUGUUUAUAGUGAAACACAAACUUACAUUGAGGUUAAACUUGAUUUGAAAACCAUCGAAAGAUUGCAAUUAGAAUUGACAGUCGAAGAAGUGGUGACUGCAAUUUUGAAGGCUCCAAAAUUGAAGAUCACUGAUGUCCAUGCGUUUGGUAAAAAUAAGGUGCAAGUGGUGGUUUUCAACGGUGGAAGCAAGACCUCUUCAACUGCAUCCAAAAUGACUGACAAAGAGACUUUCUUUAGAGUCCAACAUUUGUGUAGAGAAUUGCCAAACGUCACUGUCAAGGGUUUGCAAGAUGUUUCCAGAGCUGUCAUCAACAUUAAUGAAAGCACCAAUAAGAAUGAAUUGUUGAUUGAAGGCUUUGGUUUGAAAGAAGUCAUGUCAACCAAUGGUAUUAUUGGUACCAAAACAUACUCCAAUCAUAUUUUGGAAGUUUAUAAAGUUCUUGGGAUUGAAGCAGCUAGAGCACGUAUCAUUUAUGAAAUUGAUUAUACUAUGAGUACUCACGGUAUGAGUGUCGAUCCUCGUCAUAUUCAGCUAUUAGGGGAUGUCAUGACUUAUAAGGGUGAGAUUCUUGGUAUUACUAGAAAUGGUUUAGCUAAAAUGAGAGAUUCUGUGUUGCAAUUGGCAAGUUUUGAAAAGACUACUGAUCAUCUUUUCGAUGCUGCAUUCUACAUGAAGAAGGAUAAUAUUGAAGGUGUCAGUGAAUGUAUUAUAUUGGGUCAAACUAUGAAUAUUGGUACUGGUGCAUUCCAGUUAGUCCAAAGAUCAAAUAUCAAAGAGUUGAAACCAAAACAAACUAUCUUCUAG